AUGCCUCCUUCUCAGUCAAUAAUACGGGCGCUACCUUCUGAUGUGAUUGCAAAGAUCAAAUCAUCUACAUCCAUUGUUCAUUUAACUGGUGUCAUUUUGGAGCUAGUCAAAAAUUCUUUGGAUGCCAAUGCCCAUGCAGUCUUCGUCACUGUCGACUUCAAACGUGGUGGCUGCAUAGUCGAAGAUGAUGGCGAUGGGAUUCCACCAGCCGAGUUCGAAGUUACAGGGGGGCUGGGCAAGGCUCACCAUACAUCCAAAUUCAAGCUGAGUGGCUUGCAUGGCCAUCGAGGCUUGUUCUUGGCCUCUUUGGCCUCAUUAUCUCUGCUCACUGUGACUUCUCGUCACAUUCGUCAUGAAUGCACAAACACGAUCAUAUUUCACCAUUCGACACCUGUGGCUCGGUUAACCCCUGCAUCGCCACACCAGGUGCUUCGCUCUAGCGGUCAUGGUACAUCUGUGACUGUCAAUGACCUUUUUGGGAACAUGCCAGUUCGUGUCAAAAGUCGAGCUCUCGCUCUUCAGCGGCCCGACGAGCUAGAACGAGAAUGGGACCAUCUAAGAAACUCCUUGGUGUCUCUACAUUUGGCCAAUCCUCAAUUCUCAAAAUUAGUCUUGCUCGAUGUGGAAAGAAAUAAACGGAUAUCCAUUCGCCUUGGGACUGCCUCCAUACCCGAAGCGCGCAUUUCUUAUGGUCGGAGGGAGUUUGAUCUCAGACGUAUCGGGUUGAUUCUCACACAAUCCGGGCUGAUCGCACCCCAAAACUUUGAUUCGUGGCAUGAAAUUUCAGCUUCAGUUUCCGACCUUAUAGUUCAGGGAGCAAUCUCUCUUCAACCUAGUCCAACUCGGAAGGUUCAGUUCAUCUCCUUGGGGAAAGAACCCGUGCUAUCGCGUAAUAGCUCGAAUGUUCUUUAUAACGAAGUGAACCGGCUAUUUGGUUUGUCGGAUUUCAGUAACGUUGGAGCCAUGUCUGGCAGAAGCUCUGUUCCAUAUUCUGCAUCUUCGGUGAAUCAGCUUGAUGCUCCAAGUAAUGCAAGCACUCGAAGUUGGGCAAAGCCCAUCAAUAAGUGGCCAAUGUUUUACAUCCGCAUUGACACAAAUGCUGCUGUACGGGUGGAUGAUGAUAGGUCUGAGCAUCUUCCAGAAUCGACCAAAUCGGUUCAACGUAUAAUUGAUGUGCUUGGGGCCAUGAUCCGUGAAUUCCUGAAGCAACACAAUCUCCGCCCUCUUGACGGCAAACAACAGACCAUUUCAUCGGAUCAAACUCAGAGUGUCCGUUCCAAAGACUCCGAAGCAACUGGCAGCUCUCGCAGAAACCUACAACAAGGCCAGUCGAUUUCGAGCACUGAAGAAGCGUUUAGCAGUCGUCUGAAAAUUCCCUCAUUCACAAGAGCCCAGUCUCUGAACUCUGGUCAAAGCUUCGCCAACUGGUCCAGGGUAAAAACCGCUAAGGAUCUUAAAGGACAUUCUUCUACACAUCGAACGCUUCAGCGCUCUGAUGUGGCUCCUGAUAUAAUGCAGGGAGAGAGUUCCUUGCCUAUUCUCCCUAAACAUAUGCCAAACCGUCGAAAUAAUAACCAGGAGCGCACCAUUCUUUCAAGUUCCCCGAAUCAAAUGACCUCUGAUGAAGCCAGGAAUAGAACAGAAGAUCUGCCUGGAGACUCGCCAUCAGAUAAAAUGAUCACCUGGGUCGAUCCACACACCAAGUUGGCCUAUAUGAUUAAUCCUCGAACGGGUCAAACAAUGAACUCUCGGAAGUCAUUAGCUACCCAGCAUUCUCCCACCGAUUGUGUCGAUAUCUCGUCCAAGCAUCCAGCGCAAACUUUUUGGAUAGACAACCUAUUGAGGACAUGGGACAAUCCUUCCUUCAGCCGAACAGAAGUGCCAAUACCAAAUCUAGGCGCAGAGUCCGCCAGUCAACAGAAUACAAUUACUUCACAUGACUGCUUCAAGGGCAUUGGAUCCCUUGAUACAGCGCAAGUUGCCAAGUAUCGAGGAAAGCUUCAACGCAGUGCGCUCGAGACUGCCGAAGUGAUAGCCCAGGUGGACAACAAGUUCAUCCUGGCUAAGGUCCACGCUGCCCCGGUCAUUCGAAAUUCCGAGGGGGCCUCAAACGAUGUUCUACUCUUAAUCGAUCAACAUGCGGCUGAUGAGCGAUGUCGAAUUGAACUGUUGUUUAAGGAGAUGUUUCUCCCUGUUGGACUAGGUGGGAAUUCGGAUUCGGGUGGUCGAGUGCGGACUGUCCAAGUUGGUUCCUUGGCAUUUGAAGUUUCAUCAACAGAGAGUGAGCUCUUCCAAAAAUAUAUGGGUCCCUUCUCGGCCUGGGGUAUUGAGUAUGUGACACAUGGCAAGACCAACUCUACUGUAUUGAUCACCGUGCAUACUCUCCCUGUCCUAAUAGCCGAACGCUGUCGGCUCGAGCCUCAUCUGUUGAUUGACUUGAUGAGACGUGAGAUCUGGUCAAGUGAGGAAAAUGGCAGGAAGCCGUUCCAAUUGAAAAAAGCAUUCGAAACCGGAGAUAUCGGUCAGGAUCUCGAACUGUCGGACAGUGAAGAUGUGGCGUACAAAGGAACCUCAACAUCACCUGCCUCACGCUCAUGGGUUCAACAGAUGCAUGGAUGCCCUCAAGGCAUCGUGGAUCUUCUUAACUCCCGCGCAUGUCGCACUGCUAUCAUGUUCAAUGACCCCUUGAACAUCGAAGAAUGCCAGGCCUUGGUAUCCAGACUGGCCCGUUGUGCAUUCCCAUUUCAAUGUGCACACGGUCGCCCUUCAAUGGUCCCUAUACUUGAUCUUCGAUCCCUCUCUGACACUGCUGUUUCAUUGCCGUUGGACUUGGACACCAGAGCAUCCGCUUAUGAUAAUAACGACGACAUGGGUUUGGCUUUCGUGGAGGCGUUUAGAACACGUUAUGUAACAUAG